CCUAUUGAUUGGAAAACAACGGGCUGUGGGAGGACGGAUAAGGGUGGCUGUGGGCAAACGGGUGAGGAAAGAAGCACAGAUCAAGCAUUGCCACGCUGUCGUCUUUAGCUCUAAUUUGUUUUCUUCUUCCUCUUUCACACUGUAAUGAAUGUAAGUUCUGCUGCUCAUCACUGGCUUUUACUGCGAGGAGAAGAACAGAUCUUCCUGGUCUGAGAGGAUUUUGCACACACACAAAGCCAGAAUAAUCAGCGGUUCAUCUAACUGCAGGCUUGUGAAGCAGGGAGACUCACCUGAGACCAUCACACACUCCAAAAGGCACAUCCAGACAAGACACCAACCUGCCAGGGGACACUAUGGAAGCCCCUCUUGUGUGCUUGGAUGAGGAGUUUGAAGACCUCCGGCCCUGCCGGAUGGAUGACCAGGACCAUUUGGCUCUUAACCACUCUCCCUACUCCACCACCACAAUCACCACUGUCCCUCUGGCUUCCAUCACCCGUGAGGACUUCUCCGAGCUGGAGAACUUCUCUGAGAUGAUGAGCUUCAAGUCAAUGGAGGACCUGGUCAACGAGUUUGAUGAGAAACUCAAUGUCUGCUUCCACAACUACAACACCAAGACUGAAGGCCUGGCACCAAUACGUAACCAGUCACACAACCAGGAGGAUGAUGAACAGCUGCAGGACGAAGAAGUGUGGGAUGCUCUAACUGACAACUACAUCUCCACCUGGGACGGCCCUAACUUUGAGGGACUUAACGGCAAUAUCUCUGACCACGAGAUCCAUGAAAAAGAGGAAGAGGAGAUGAAUGAGAAGAAUGAGAAUGCCAACUGCAUAAAUGAAGAACCUUUGAUUACAGCAGAUCAGGUAAUUGAGGAGAUAGUUGAGAUGAUGGAGAACUCUCCAGAUCCUGGUGAAACUGAGGAGGAGGAUGAGGAGGAGAGCAGCCUCUGCUCCUCCAGGACCAACCCCUCCUUGUUGGAGGAGAUCAGGCAGUUGUCACAGGCCUCCAACAACAACUGCUCCUAUGAAGGCCUCAGCUGCAUGCCUAGCUCAACUCUCGUUGAAUUACUGCACAGAGUGGAGGCCACCAUCCGUGAGUACUCAGAGGAGCUGGUCAGCCAGCUGGCUCGGCGGGAUGAGCUGGAGUUUGAGAAGGAGGUGAAGAACACAUUCAUCACAGCUCUUAUGGAGGUGCAGAAUAGGCAGAAGGAGCAACGGGACAGCAGCAAACGUAAACGUCGUGACAAAGCCCUGAGUCUGCAGGGGGCCGGGACGGUGUCCUCCAAUGGAGGGAACACAGGCUCAACCGGCCAGAAGACAGGCACCAUGCCUGUUAAGCGUUUCAGCAUGGAGGGCCUCUCCAACAUCCUGCAGACGGGCAUUAGACAGACAUUUGGAAGCACAGGAAAUGAGAAGCAGUAUCUGAACACUGUGAUUCCAUAUGAGAAGAAAACCACCCCUCCAUCUGUGGAUGACCUGCAGAUGCUCACAAAAAUUCUCUAUGCCAUGAAGGAAGACAGUGAGAAGGUGCCUACACUGCUGACUGACUACAUAUUAAAAGUCCUCUGUCCUACCUAAACAACCAUCAGGCCAGGGGCCACAGUGUGACAGAGAAAUCCACCCCCGAGGAUUUUCCCAACUCUCCUUACAUCUGGCCCAGUCUGCAUGAGCUCCCCUCGUUUUGCCAUUAUCAACCAUGGAUUGUCACCAUCCACAUUAUCUUAUCCAUCUAAACUACAACUACUGCCUCCUGCUGAGCUCACCUCGUCCUUUUUGGCACAUUAAUUUCAGGGCAGACAACAAAGUGGCUGCUGCCUACAUAGCAAUGGGGAUGGUCAAAUCCCACUUUUACAGGACUUCACUAAUGGAGCAUGACAUGCUGGUUAACGAUCACAAAAGAUCACCUUGGUACAGGGAAACACUUCCAGAUAUCACUUCUCUCUUAUCUUAAUUUCACAUCUCAACUUAUUUUCAUGUGUCCUCUGAUGGAAAUUGAGUUGCUAAGUUUUAACUGAAUUCAUUACAAAACUGUUAAUCGCAGGAUAAUUGUUCUUUUCACCACAGACAUACUGUCAUCCAUAUAAAGUUCACUGUACGGAAAAAAGUGAUUCAUAAGAAUACAAAAGCCAUGCACCUUUGUCUCCCAACUCAGUACUGUAGUUCCUUUAGAAUCAGAAGAAACACACUACUAUUACGGGUGCAGUGCAGUGCAUUACAAAGCUUCUUUCACGAUGAAUAUCCAGUGCUCUUCAAACAUUUUUGUAAAUUUUUCAUUUAUUUUGAAAUAUUAAUAUAUAUAUUCUGUUGUACAUUUUCUACAUUCAUUUACUGUUACAUCAGAGUGUGUUGCUCAUGUUAUUCCACUCUGCACAGCCACCUAGAGGUGUAAAUCUGGUUCUUUUUUUUUUAAGUUCAGUGAAUAAUUGUGUAUGUAUUCACAUAUUGGCAGAUUUCUGACUUCUUUUGCUCCAUGUAGAUGAAUGUUACAUUGCUUAAUUGCUAAUUCUAAUAAACUUCUACCCUUAAAGCUAA